AUGGUGCUCCUCGACUUUGAGGCCACCAACAACAUGGCGGAAUACGAGGCCCUGAUCUUCGGACUGGCUGUGGCUCUAUCCCUGGGGUCCGGCAGCUCCUGGUCAAGGGAGACUCCUAGCUCGUCAUCAAGCAGGGCUGUCGGCUGGUACCGGUACCUGUAUGUUGCCAUCGACAAGUUCACCAAGUGGCUAGAAGCUACCCCUGUGGUCAACAUCACCAAAGCAUCUGCUAUCGCAUUCCUCAAGUCAAUUGUGUGCCGGUUCGGAGUCCCGAACCAAAUCAUCACCGACAAUGGGACCCAGUUCAAGAGCCGGCACUUUCAAGAAUACUGCGAGGACAUCGGCAUCCAGCUCUGCUUCGCUUCUGUGGCACACCCUAGAAGUAAUAGCCAAGUAGAGUAG